AACCCAUUCAAUUUAUCUCUACCCUAAUCAAACACUUCUACAACAACCAAACCAUACACAUCCCUCACAAUGUCUAGCGUUGCUGUUGCUGUUGUUUACAAGCCCAACGAGUAUGCCGAUGAAUACAUGGUCUUCGUUGACGAUGUUGCCGACUACGAGCGAUGGAAGGAUGGUGCCAAGGACAUCGCUCUUUCCCGAUUUAUUGGUCAAUUCUCGAUUUACAAGUCUGCUACUUCUGGACACACUGGCUCCCUUGGGGAGAUCUCUAAACAAGAAAUCGAGAACGUUUUCUUCGGUGACGAGAAGAACGUGAAGGACAAGUCUGUUGAGGCUGCCAUCAUGAUUAUACUUCAAAAUGGCAAGAUGCACAAGAGUGACUUCAGACAUAGCUACAAGCUCAACUUGAACCCUUCCCGAGGAGCCGGCGAUACCCGUGCCACUGGUGCCUCAGGUGCUGCUAUGGGCUUCCCUCGAUAAGCAGGAGCCUGUUGGUGGUUGGGGAAGUAUGUAAAGUGAGAAGAAAGAAGCAAUCAACCAAUCAGUUAAUAGAUAUUUAAAUACCCAUAACUAAAGCUGGCCAAUAUUAGCAUGUAACGCAUAAAUAGCAUCAUUUGG